GUAAUGUGAGGAGCUUUCCUGAAAUAAUAUUCAGACUGUGGUUGCCAGCGCAAGACCCUUGCAUUGGCCACUCGUACCACCCUAACUUACCACCAUAGAUUUUGUUGGGGUAUGGAGCGAUUGUGACCUAGUGUUUCGGUGUUUUUUUUCGAUUUUAAUCAAUUCAGGGUUUGUGCUUGGCAAGGGAAAGUAUUCGAAUUUUUGCUGAUAAAGGAAAAAAACUCAAAAUGAAGCAAACCAUUUUCGAAAAGUUCCCUCUGGCAUAUCCGUACUACGUGCUAGCUCUGGUUUCUGUUGGUUACGUGCUUGGAGAGUUAGGCCACUACCUCAUUGGAGCUACCUCCAAGGCUGUAGCCACAGACCUGCACUACGGUGACGUGGCAUGCCAGCUCAAUUCCACAGAAUUCCAUCUUAAUGCUCUUCCAGUCCAGUGUUCCUCAGCCAACAGUUCCGAGGUGUGUCUGUCCUUAGAAUUGAACGGCACCAAGUACUGCGAGUGGUCUUACAAUGGACUAGGCUUGGACUACCAAAUCCUUGCAGGACCUGCUUUCAUAGCGGUCUUCACCAUCAUGGGUGUCAUCAUUGGGUUUGCUGCUGAUAAAUUCAAGAGGGCUAGGAUGUUGACAGUCUGUACCAUUGUAUUCUCGAUAGCGAUGAUCUUGAGUGGUACUGUCACUGAGUAUUGGCAACUGGUAGUAUUGAGGAUGAUUUUGGCGGCAGGGGAAUCAGGUUGUAAUCCUUUGGCAACAGGUCUUUUAACUGACAUAUUUCCCGAAGAAAAACGAGCUUUGGUCAUGUCAAUUUUCAACUGGGGCAUAUAUGGAGGAUACGGUCUUGCUUUUCCUGUUGGUAGAUACAUUCCACAGCUCAACCUCUGGGAUGCAGGUUGGAGAGUCACCUACUACGGAGCUGGAAUCAUAGCCCUCAUCAUCGGUUUCAUAACAUGGUUAACAUUGAAAGAACCUGCCAGGCAGUCUAUUGGCGAAGAUGCCAACAAUGAUACAGAUAAAAAGGUUACCAUUUGGACUGUUAUGAAGGACCCAAGAAUAAUAAUGCUCUGUGUGGCAGCUUCUAUAAGACAUUGUGGAGGAAUGUGCUUCGCUUACAACUGCGAUUUAUACUACCGUCAAUAUUUCCCAGACUACGAUCUUGGGUGGUGGUUAUUUGCAGUAACUGUAGGAAUAGGAAGUAUCGGUGUGGUGGCUGGAGGUAUCAUCUCAGACAAAUUUGUGGCCAAAAUGGGUAUCCGUUCCAGGGUGAUGGUCUUAGCUGUAUCACAAAUAAUAGCCACUCCCUUCUCCUUCGGCAGUGUAUACUUCACCCCAACUUGGGCAAUGGUAACCCUCGGCAUUUCGUACAUCUUCGCUGAGAUGUGGUUUGGAAUCCUUUUUGCUAUCCUAGUCGAAAUAGUACCUCUUAAAGUGAGAUCUACUACUGUUGGUCUGUUCUUGUUCUUCAUGAAUAACAUUGGAGGUAACCUGCCGAUAUUGGUGGAGCCUGUCUCCAAAGCCAUUGGUUAUAGAGAGUCCUUGUAUAUCUUCUACGCUGGAUUCUAUGGAAUUAGUUCCAUCCUUUUCCUCUUGACCUUGUGUUUGAUGGAAGGACCACAACCAACACAACCACCAGUGUCCAUGCCCAACAAGCACCUCAGUGGCGUAGACAAUGUUGUUUUCACCACUGCAGAUGAAAGGGGUUUACCAACAAUAACUUCAAUGGUCUCGAAUUCAAGAAGGCCUACACUUAGGGACAGUAGGAUGUAACUUGUGAUGUAGGAAGAACACAGAGAAGAUAUUGUAUUACUUCGAAAUAGAAGAAUGGAAGCUGUGAUGUAAAUAUGUAAGAUAUUUAAUUGACUUGGGUUAUUAACCCCGCUUAUGUAAAUAAUUUUUCGAAGAGAAUAAACUAUUCGAAGGUU